AUGCACUAUCUAUUUCUACAUCCACUCAUCGGCGCUACGCUAAAGUUUUUCUUAUUUGCUCAUGUAUAUCACCACUCUGGAACAGGUCGUCUAUCCGGCGCCAACUCCCAUGACCCCCAUUAUUCACACCUUUCCUGUCGUCCAGAAGCGCACUACUUGGCGAAUAACCUUGAAGAACCCACGGCUAGCCACCAUUCGCAUAACCCUCAUCACCCUCACCACAUGGGGCAACAGCUGCAGCACUCACUCAGUACCGCCACUCAUUGGAAUCCCCAUCUCGCCACACCCCACACUAGCACAGGAGGCCCAUCAGCAGCUUUGGCUCUCUGCGGCGCUCUCGGUCUUCAUCAGGCGCAUUCUGGUAGCACUGGCGAUGGUAACCUAGGUGCCACCGCAGGUGGCUGUGGUGCUGGAGGUCUUGGUGGUGCCAGCGCAGGAGGAACGAAUGGUGCUAGUGGAGGAGGAUCUAUUGGCGUCGGUUGUACCCCAGUGAGCAAUCUUCCUCCCCAAGUUGACUCAGGGCUGACUGCGAAUCCUAUCUGGGGGAACUGGGUUCCCGGAAGAGGCACGUCAAACUCGGGUAGUGCAUUUAUUGGCGAGCAACAUCAAUUUCCAACUCAGUUGCUUCAAAACCAGCACAACGGCCUUGGCGGAGGUUGCCCUCGAAGAGUCGGAAAUGGUGCUGUCGCUGCUUUCGGCAGUGACGGCUCUAGUAGUACGGCUGGGGGCGUUUGGGCCGGUGGUAGUGCCGAUAGUACUUGUGUUGGGGGUGCAGGACAUCUUGGUGGGGCACUUGGGGCUGCAAUGGUCGCAAUGGCUGCAGCCACUCUGCACUCUGGAUCCAGUUUAAGUUCUCAGGGAGGUACGGGCAGUGGAACAUCGGCUAGUACCCCAGCAGGGGCUUCCUCAGCAUCACACUCGAUGCCAUCUUGGACGACGUUAGACUCGACAGUGUUGGUUCAACCUCCUAUUGCAACCUGGUCGGAGCAUCAGGGAGACCUUGUGGAACGUGUCCUCUGCCAUAGUAUUCAUGAUUUCCAGUAUUUGGCCAUUGGCUGGGUACAUUCCUAA